GUAUAGAUUGACAACUUCCGGUUGCUCUGCCUGUUUGUUAGGAUAGACUGUUAAAGUUAAAUUGUUAAAAUUAUCUGGUAAUUUUUAGAAUGGCUGAACAUGAAUCAGGUCCAAGCUCAGGGUCAGAAACCCCUGUUCCAAGUAAUCCGGGAACCCCAAGGGUAGAAGACUUGAGAAAUACCCCUCCACCAGUGAAAUUGGCGCGACAAACGCCGCCACCUCCGGCGUCUUCUGUUAAUACUUUACCGUCAACAAAGCCAAGCGGAGUAGCCCAAUCACAAAGCAAAUACUCUCAAUUACUCGGGGUCAUUGAAGACAUGGGUAGAGAUAUUAGGCCUACAUACGCGGGCAGUAAAUCAAGUGCUGAAAGGUUAAAGAGAGGUAUUGUUCACGCGAGAAUUCUGGUCAGAGAAUGUCUUAUGGAGUGCGAAAGAAGUGCUAGAUCUUGAAUCUAAUGGUCUUCCAGCUUUACCAAUUAGAAUAGAUUGCAUGAAUAUUGUAUUUAUAGAGUAUAUUUUCUGCUGAAUGUUGUUUACCUUAAAAAUACAUUUUUAAAAAAUCCACUCUUUAACUUGUGUGAUGAUGUUUUAUGUUGGC